CACAAUGGCGCCAUAAAAUAUUCACAAGCACCCCUUCAGCCUAGGUGAGGGGGGACUGAGGCGGGUGGGGAGAGGGGCUGAGAGCUGACGCUGCAGAGCUAAAGAUGCCUUAAAGAUGCCUCGUGUGGACGAGUCGUGGGGGGAGAGAUUCUGCUUUGGAAUAACUUGAAGACGAGGAUGAGGACGGACAUGGCUGCUGAGGGAAAGAUGUACUCAAUCAGAAGCCUGCCUAACAUGGGUCACCGGGACCACAGAGAGGAAGAUGGAGUGGAAGACAUGACGCAGCUGGAGGAAAUGCACGAAGAGGCUGUUCUGCUGAACGUAAGGAAGCGGUUUGAGAGGGAGCUCAUCUAUACCUACAUCGGUAGCAUUCUCGUGUCUGUGAACCCCUAUAAGAUGUACAACAUCUAUGGGACCGACAUGGUGCUGCUGUACAAGGGCCACGCUCUGGGAGAGAAUCCUCCGCAUUUGUUUGCAAUCGCAAAUGCUGCUUAUUCCAAAAUGAUGGAUGCCAAACACAACCAAGUCAUAAUCAUCAGUGGGGAGAGUGGUUCUGGGAAAACGGAGGCCACCAAACUAGUCCUUCGCUACCUUGCAGCGCUGCAGCACAAAUCCAACGUUGCCCAGCAGAUACUCGAGGCAGCUCCUCUGCUGGAAUCCUUUGGAAAUGCCAAAACUCUGCGUAACAAUAAUUCCAGUCGCUUUGGGAAAUAUAUAGAAGUCUUUCUGGAAGAUGGUGUGAUCAGUGGUGCCAUAACUUCUCAGUAUCUUCUGGAAAAGUCACGCAUUGUCUUCCAGGCCAAAGAUGAAAGGAACUAUCACAUCUUCUACGAGAUGCUAGCAGGACUUCCCUCGCAGCAGAGGCAGGCGUUCUACCUCCAGGAGGCGGAGACCUACUACUAUCUCAACCAGGGCGGCGAUUGUGGAAUCAAAGGAAAGUAUGAUGGAGAAGACUUCCGGCGCCUCCUCGCUGCCAUGGACAUCCUUCACUUCAGCCCUGAGGACCAGUCGGCCAUCUUUAGGGUUCUGUCCUCCAUACUGCACCUGGGCAACGUCUACUUCCAGAAGUUUGAGACCGACGGCCAAGAGGUGGCGUCAGUGGUGAGUGCUCAGGAGAUCCGAGUGGUGGCGGAGCUGCUGCACAUUUCACCCGAGGGACUACAGAAGGCCAUCACCUACAAAGUCACAGAGACGAUGAGGGACAAGAUCUACACUCCACUGUCUGUGGAAAGCGCAGUCGACGCCAGAGAUGCUAUUGCCAAGAUCCUGUACUCGCUGCUCUUCCACUGGUUGACGGAGAGGAUCAACGCUCAGGUGUACCCUCGCCAACACAGCCUCUCCAUCUCCAUCCUGGACAUCUACGGAUUUGAGGAUCUGACCUUCAACAGCUUCGAGCAGCUUUGCAUUAAUUAUGCAAACGAGUACCUGCAGUUCUUCUUCAACAGGAUCAUAUUCAGGGAAGAACAGGAGGAGUACAGCAGGGAGCAGAUCCCCUGGCAGGACAUCCCAUUCAACGACAACCAGCCCUGCAUCAACCUCAUCGCCGCUAAGCCUCAUGGGAUACUGAGGAUUCUCGACGACCAGAGCUAUUUCCCUCAGGCCACGGACCACACUUUUCUCCAAAAGUGUCACUAUCACCAUGGCAACAGCCCACUGUACAUGAAGCCAAAGAUGCCCCUCCCCGAGUUCACCAUCAAGCACUUCGCCGGCCGUGUGACCUACCAGGUUUUUAAGUUUCUGGAUAAGAACUACGACCAAGUCCGUCAAGACGUGUUGGACCUGUUUGUUCGGAGCAAGAACAAGAUGGUGUCGAACCUCUUCCAGGCUCACGCAGAGGUCGUAGGUCAGCAGCGCGGUCACGUGAGGAAGGGCAGCACCGUCACCAGAAAGCACCAGGCUCCCACCGUCAGCAGCAAGUUCCAGCAGUCUCUGCUGGAGCUGGUGGAGAAGAUGGAGAGGUGCCACCCGCUCUUCGUCCGCUGCAUUAAGCCAAACAACAUCAAGAAACCGGCCGUGUUCGAAGUGGAGCUCGUGAGCAGCCAGCUGCGGCACUCGGGGGUUCUGGAGACCAUCCGGAUCCGCACGGACGGGUUUCCGGUCAGAAUGCCGUUCUACGCCUUCCUGUUCAGGUACAAGUCCCUGGUGGGAGCACGAGACCUGCCAGCUGCCAAUGGAGAGAACUGUGUGACGAUGCUCAGCAAGCUGUGUCCCCUCAGAGCAGGAAGCUUCCACGUGGGCGUCACCAAGCUGUUCCUGAAGGAGGACGUGUACCAGCUGCUGGAGUGUAAGCGGGAGCGCUCCCGGCACCUCGCCGCCCUCACCCUGCAGCGCUACACCCGCAUGUUCUUCGUGAGGAAGCGCUACAUGUCGUUCCGCAACAAGAUCAUCGGGCUGCAGGCGCGGUGUCGAGGCUUCCUCACCAGGAAGCGCUACGUGAAAAUGAGGGAGAGUCUAGUUCGGUUUCGCUCUCUCGUCCACAUGUACGUCAACCGCAAGCAAUACAUCAAGAUGAAGUUUGAAGCGCGCAGGAAGGCAGAGGAGGCGAGGCGGAGGAGAGAGCUGGAGCUGACCAAGCGGGAGGUGGUGAACGUCACGCACCUGGUGAUCCCGGCCGAGCUGGGCGCUCUGCUGCAGGCGGCCGGAGUGAGGAGGGAGCUGCACUCAGACUGUCUGGCUCUGCUCCAGGCUCCUCACAUCCAGGAGGAGGCUCAGCUCACGCUGCCUCUGGACAUCAACAACUACCCCUUCUACCGCUACGUGCAGAUCCACUUUAGGGAACCAAAGUUUGGGAUGUUGAUGGCGCCUCUGGAGUCACCUCUGACCCGUGUGGAGGAGGACCUGAGGAAGGAGGCGCUGGAGCUCUUCAACAUGGUGCUGCGAUUCAUGGGCGACCCGCACCUGAACGGGGCGCAGGAAAACAUGUUCGGCAAUUACAUCGUGCAGAGAGGCCUGAUGUCGCCGGGGCUGCGGGACGAGAUCCUGGCCCAGGUGCUGAACCAGGUGUGGAGGAACGUGAACGCCGCCAACGCUGAGCGGGGCUGGCUGCUGCUGCUCGCCUGUGUCUGCAGCUUCGCGCCGUCGCCCAGGAUGGAGAAGUACCUCCUGAAGUUCGUGUCGGACCACGCUCCCGCCGGCUGCCAGGCGCUGCUGCAGCACCGGCUCAUCCAGGCCGGGCAGAAGGCCCAGCUGGGCGGCGCCGCGGCUGAGGCGGCCCGAACGUACCCGCUGUCGCUGCUGGAGUGGACGGCCAACAGGAAGAAGGCCAACGCCGUGCUGCACCUGCACUGCUCCGACGGAGGCUCCUUCCUGUGCCCCGUGAACUCCUGGACCAGCGGAGAGGACGUGGCCGGACACAUCCUGCGCCACAGGGGGGUGUCCGACUGGUGGCGGGGCAGCUCGGUUCUGAUGAAGGAGCACGGCCAGUGGGUGGAGUUGGCGGGCCACGACUACGUGAUGGACCUCAUCGCCGACCUGGAGCUGCCGCCCGAGUUCCCCAAGCAGAAGAGUUACUUCGUCAUCAGCGCCGACAGCCCGACGCGGGUCCGGGCCAACGGCAGCCUGGCUCUGUUCGGAGGGGGCUUCGACUCGGACGAGGAGCUGGCGCCGUCCCUGCCCCCCCUCGGCGGCGGCGGCAGACAGGCCUACAGCGUGGCCGAGUCCGACGGAUACUACAGCCACGGGGACUCGGACGCCUUCAGCGAUGGGCAGACGCAGAGAGGAAUGGACCGGUACCUGGACAGUCUGUUCGACCCAGUGCUGUCAGACAGCAGCAUAGACAUGGAGAAGAGCGGGAGUCUGUCUGCCCGGAUGAAAGGAGGAGGAGGAGUAGGCGUCCCAGCAGAAGGAGGCGGAGAGGAGGGGAGCACCCUGACCUCCAGUCGGCCUUUCCCACCAGGAAUUCAUCCUGGAGGAUCGGAGCAGGCGGUGCUGACUCAGCAGCAGCAGGCCAUCAUCAACCAGCAGGCCAUCAUCCUGGCCCAGCAGAUGACCAUGCAGGCCAUGGCCAUCCAGCAGCAGAUGUUGUCCUCCUUCCCCCCCGUGGCUCCAGCUCCUCAGUCCCCACCGUCACAGCACCAGCAUUCCAGCCCACUCACACGAGGGGAGGAGUCACCGUACACACAACGCCCUGCUGCCGCUCAGCAGAAGAGCAGUCCGACCCGCGGCCGUCCUCCGGAGGACGUGGUCCAGUCCAGCGCCAGUAACACCGAGCGCCUGGAGCCCAGCCACGACAUCAAAGACAUCAUCAAGCAGCACCAGCCUGCAGCCUCCUCAGGGUCCAGUGGACCGGCGCCGCAGAGGAAAAGCGACGGCAGAACGUUCGCGAAGAAGCCGGAUCCUCACGACGAAGCCAUUGAGAUUCUGAAGGACCAGAUGGCCAACCCACCACAACCGACACAAAGGAGAUCCCAACACAAGCACGAGGGCGUCAAAGUGGCCCAGACGACCAGACCUCGGCCCGCGGGUCCGUCUGCCCCCAGCGCCGGAGCCGGUCCGGCUCCGCCUCCAGUCUCCAGGGAGCUGCCCGUAGAGGAGGAGGUCAUCCAGACUCAGCUCCACAGCCGGACCAGUGAGGAGUAUUACACCUACUCCAACGUGCCGUGGAAGCUCUUCGUGAGGAAAGAGGUGUUUUAUCCUAAAGAGACCUUCAACAACCCGCUGAUUCUGGACCUGAUCUUCAAACAGGUGGUGCACGACACCUUCUGUGAGGGCUGCAUCCGCAUCACGCAGGAGGAGAGACAGAGGAUGAGGGGCCUCUUUGACGAGAACAAGGUGGAUCCAGUUUCGGGAACACACGACGAGAACGUGAAGAAGAAGGUUGUGUCCAUGGCCCGAGACUCGUGGGAGAUCUACUUCUCGCGCCUCUUCCCGGCCUCUGGCAGCGUGGGGACUGGAGUGCAGGUGCUGUCUGUUUCUCAUAAAGGCAUCAAGCUGCUGAAGAUGGUGAAAAGCGGCUCGACGGCUUCAGACUACUUCAAGGUUCUGAGGCCUUACAGCUACUCGGACAUCCUCUUCGUGUCCAUUCCAUCCAGUAACAUGCUGGAGUUCAACCUGACCAACGAGAAGCUGAUCCUGUUCUCCGCCAAGGCCCCGCAGGUCAAACACAUGAUCGACCACUUCCUCACAGAGCUCAAGAAGGACUCCGAGUACGUGGUGGCCGUGCGGAACUACGUCACCGAGGACCGGACCCUGCUCAGCUUCCACAAAGGCGACAUCGUGAGGCUGCAGCAGCGGGACGGGCUGGAGGCCGGCAAAUAUUACGGCUGCAUAGUGAGGAAGAAGGUGAUGCUCCUGGAAGAGCUGAGGAGAGACACUCCAGAAUUCGGCUGGAAGUUCGGGGCUGUUUACGGAAAGCUGGGGCUGUUCCCCAGGGACUGCGUGCGGCCGGUGGCCGCCCCGGACUUCCUGCUUCUUCCUGCUGAGCGGGUGGAGCCUCGGGACCGGCACGGACGAGUGGCCGCCUCGGCGGCGCUGGCCGUCGCCAUGGGCUCCGCGGUCGCCGCCCACGAGCUGGACCUCUCCACGGAGGUGGUGAACGGGACGUACGGGGACGGGCUGAGCCUGGAGCAGGACGAGCCUCUGCACGGGGAGCUGCACAUGGCCGAGUUCGCCAGGAAGUACUUCCGAGAGGCGCAGAGGAGCAGAAGCGAUCACAAGGCCAAGAAGAAGGAGGGCAGGGAUCCCGCCGACAUGGUCAAGUUCUCCAAGUCUCCAAUCCAGGAGUCUCUGAUCGACUUCUCAGACAGCGGCAUGAACAGAGUGGCAGCCGACAUCUUCUUAGCCAUAAUGAAGUUCAUGGGGGACUUUCCACUUAAAGGCCAAACCGAGCAGGACCUGGUCACCACAAUACUGAGGCUGAGCGCUGAUCACGGCCUGAUAAAGGACGAAGCCUACUGCCAGCUGAUGAAGCAGGUGACCGCCAACACCAGCUCCAAGCCGGACAGCUGUCAGAGAGGCUGGAGGCUGCUCUACAUCCUCACCGCGUUCCACCGCUGCUCCGACGUCAUGAAGCCGUUCCUGCUGAGGUUCCUCCAGGACACCUGCGAUGGGCCUGCGCUGCAGUACCAAGGUAUUGCCAAGACGUGUGAGCAGAACCUGAGGAGGACGUUCCAGUACGGCGGGCGUGUGCAGUAUCCCAACGGCAUGGAGCUCAAGGCUAUGCUGGCCGGCCGGAGCUCCAAGAGGCAGCUGUUCCUGCUGCCUGGUGGAAUCGAGAGGCACUUGAAGAUCAAGACGUGUUCUGUGGCGCUGGAUGUCAUCGAGGAGCUUUGCUACGAGAUGGGCCUGCAAAGAGCCGAGGCGCUGGAUGAAUACGCCGUCUUUUUGGUCACACACAGAGGUCAGAACGUGCGUCCCCUCAACAAGCGGGAGUACAUCCUGGACAUCGCGACGGAGGCCGAGCCGGUGGACGCCAACUACAGCCUGUGGUUCAGACGGGUCAUUUGGAGUCUGGCUCUGAAGCUGGACAAUGAGCUCUAUGUCACCAUGCAUUACAACCAGGUGCUGCCAGACUACCUGAAGGCCUUGCUGAGCGUGGUUCCUCAGGGCAAAGCCAGUGAACAGCAUCUGCAGCAGAUUGCCAGGCUGGCGGCCCUGCAGCACCGUGCCAAGGACGCCGUCUACCUGCCCACCCUCCGUGAGGUGCAGGAGUGCGUCCCCCCACAGUUCUACAGCAAGCAGGGCUCACAGCAGUGGCUCAACAUGACAGUGCAGCACAUGCAGCAGGUCCAGCCGUUGAACCCACACCAGGCCCGAGCACAGUUCCUGGGUCUGGUCAGUGCCUUCCACAUGUUCGGGUCUUCGUUCUUCUACAUCCAGAGCUCGAGCUCUGCAUCCAUUCAGGCCCCCUGCAUCCUCGCUGUGAAUCUGAACGGACUGCACUUUCUCAACAAGGAUACGCACGAGGCCAUGGUGCGUUUCCCUCUGAAGGAGGUUCAGUCAACUCGCACUCAAAGGCCGACUUCAGGCUCCAGUUACCCGUACGUAGAGAUCAUGAUAGGAGACCUGGUCAACCAGCGGAUCACACAGUUGCAGCUGGAGCAGGGCCUGGAGUUGUGCCGAGUCGUUGCCAUGCACAUGGAGAACAUGUUGUCGGUCAGAGAAAAGAGACUCACCCUGCCACCAAGUGAAAUCACCCUGUUGUAGCACAGACAUCAGAGUAGACACACAUCAAGCCUCAGAGAUGAACUGUAUCUACCUCUACUUUACAAAUGGAAUAGUUUGAUCUUUAAAGGUUGUGCUUCCUUGAUAAGUGUGAAAACAGGAAGUAGCAGGUAGUUUUUACUAUAAAUUUAUCAAAUAAUCUGCACAUUAGUUUGGCAAUGACUGGUGAACCUAAAGUAGAGUUUUGAACAAACAGUACAAAACUAAAAGAUGUUUAGAUGCUUUUUAUAGUUAAGCAACAAAGCAGGCAAACCAUUACUGUUUGUAAAUCAUUAAAUUGCCACAAUUGUUGCCAAUUAAAUCCCUGAUGGCUGACAAAUAUUUUAAUUAUCUAAUUUAAUUAAUACCUGAUCUUUGUGGACACAACACAUACAUGCAUGUUGUCAGGAUGGAUCUCUGGACAAUGUGUUUAAGCAACAUAAGGAGAAGAGGAUAAGUCAGACUUGAGUACAUUUCUUAAUCAUUUUUAAGCAGAACAUUUGAGGUUCUUGAGUCUAUAGCUUCUAUAAUUAACUUUCAGCUAAACUGUGGGAACACUGAAUUAAAAUAGUUGUGGUCUUUGUCUUGCACUAAACAAAAGUAAAAUCUGCUCCUGCGGUUGGUGUUGUUUAAAGAAUCAAUAAUUCCAAAUGUUUGAAAUUAAUAAUUUUAGUACAUGCUACAGGCCAGACCAGGACUUUGCACUAUGAUUUAUACUAUAUACAUAUUGUAGAUUAUGUACAUAACAUUUGUGGAUGUGAAUAGUACUGUACAAUAAAUUUAAGCUUGUAGCACA